CUCUGGAAGUCUCUCUAUCAUACUCAAGCGUCUCUCUCCUUUUCUGUCUUUCAAAGGAAGAAAAUAAAAAAUGUCGAAAUCUCCAGAGGAAGAACACCCUCGAAAGGCGUUUGGGUGGGCUGCAAGAGACUCUUCCGGUGUCCUUUCCCCUUUCAAAUUCUCUAGAAGGGCGAACGGCGAGGAUGAUGUAACGCUCAAGAUACUCUACUGCGGAAUCUGCCAUUCGGACCUUCACGCCGUUAAGAACGACUGGGGAAAUUCCGUUUAUCCCUUACUCCCAGGGCAUGAGAUCGUCGGAAUAGUGACCGAAGUGGGGCCCAAGGUAUCAAAAUUCAAGGUGGGAGACAAGGCAGGUGUUGGGUGCUUGGUUGGAUCGUGCAAAUCAUGUUCCAACUGCGAGCAAGACUUGGAGAAUUACUGCCUCAAACUUAUCCUCACCUACAACUCCACGUACCACGAUGGCACUAUGACGUACGGUGGAUACUCUGAUAUGGUGGUCGUCAAUGAGAACUUCGUGAUUCGCUUCCCUGAGAGCUUGCCACUUGAGGGAGGUGCGCCACUAUUAUGUGCUGGGAUUACGGUGUAUAGCCCGAUGAGAUAUUUCGGGUUGGAUGAGCCAGGCAAGCAUCUGGGUGUGGUUGGGCUCGGUGGGCUUGGUCAUGUAGCAGUUAAGUUUGCCAAGGCCUUUGGGUUGAAGGUCACGGUAAUCAGUACAUCUCCCAGCAAGGAGAAAGAAGCAAUUGAACGACUCGGUGCUGACUCAUUCCUGGUCAGCCGUGAACCGGCCCAGAUGCAGGCUGCGAUGGGCACUAUGGACGGUAUCAUUGAUACGGUCUCUGCAACCCACCCGAUAGUGCCAUUGCUCGGCCUGCUAAAGACUAAUGGGAAGCUGGUUAUGGUGGGUGUACCAGAGAAGCCUCUCGAGAUACCGGCAUUCUCUAUGAUUUUCGGGAGGAAGACGGUGGCUGGAAGUGGCAUUGGAGGAAUCAAAGAGACCCAAGAGAUGAUUGACUUCGCUGCCAAGCACAACAUCACAGCGGAUAUUGAGGUUAUUCCAAUGGACUAUGUGAACACGGCCAUGGAGCGGCUCGCGAAGGCGGAUGUACGAUAUCGAUUCGUCAUUGACGUGGGGAACACCUUGAAAGCUCCAUGAACCGUUGAUUUGAAUCAGCAUCUAUGUGGCCCACCAAGUCAUGUGUGUGGUCACAUGUUUUUACAGUGCUAUGUUGUUGUUGGUUCGAGUGACAUCUCUGUGGCCCACCUGGUUAUGUGUCUAAAACACUUUGGCAUCUUUCCAUAAUAAUGCAGUUUUAGUUUUGGUUUGGAGUGGCAAACACCACU